GUUUUAGAGUGUUAAUAAGUUCGUUUCUUUCAAACACGUGAUCGUUUGUAUUUUUGUUGAGUGAUAAAUCGUGUACGAAACGCAAUUAAAAGGAUAUACACUUAAAGUAAGCGUGAUCCAAACAUAACACGAUAAAAUGGCAAAAUCAUUACGUAGUAAAUGGAGGAGAAAGUGUAGGGCAGUGAAAAGAGAACGUUAUGGUGCUAAAGAGUUAGAAAGAUUAAAGAAAACAUUGGGUGUAAAUGAAAAUGGGUCGCAGGAUGUUGAAAUGUCAGAAAUAACAGAAAUUGCAACAGUUGUGGAUGCGAAAACAAUAAAAGAAAAUGGAAAGGCGAAACAAAAAACUGGAGAGGAUGGUCAAGGAAAGAUGGACGUAGAUAGUAACGUUAGGAAAUAUAAUAAAAAGACGAUGCAAGAUCAGUAUGGAAACUAUCCAAUAUGGAUGAACUUGAGAAAAGUGGCUAAACACAAAAAAGGCAGAGCGAAAGCCCAAAAGGCGACAGCAAAGUCGAACAAAAGGCUAACCAGAAGACAGAAGAAAAAAACAAAGCGAGAUUAGAUUUUACGAGAAAUUGAUAAUGUUAACA